CAAUUAUUGCCGUAAAUACGCGUGAAAACGUUUUUAUUAUGCUUGAGCAAAUUAGAAACGAGUACACGUCUCUCACGGAGGGGAGUGGCUGGCUUGACCAUGACGUUUUACGAGGCAUUACGACCCCUCCAAAUGCUUUUGGAAAUGGUAGAGCCAUAUACAUAACAUUGUCAUUUUUGAAUUUAAGCACACUUGAAAAAAUGAAGGGCCAUGUCAUUGCUUUCACAUUAAGAGCAGUCUAUUAAUCCAGUACCGGAUUGUGAUGGGCUAACUAUUUUUUAUUAGCGUUUUGACAAGGCAGCCGAAAGGGUGGAAUUUCCGAGAUUUACGUCCAGUCCUUGAAGGCAGCACUAUUGUUGGAUCUCUGUGAACUGUGGACGUAGCCUGCACAGACAGUCCUUCGCUCAUAGUAGAUGCUUGCCUCGUUGUAGUUUGUUUACCUCCGCUUGUUUUACUCUUGCCAGCUCAAUAAUGGAAGGAAAUGUUUGCAGCAUUCAGGUUCUCCUUUGGGCAGCCGAGUUCGUGGAGAGGAAAGGCCGAGAGGCUGAACAUGGAUAUGCUUCACCCCCGCCUCUCAGCCCCGGUAACUCGGAUAAAAGAAGCAAACGGAAGAACAAGAAGAUUUCUGCUGCUGGCGGUAAAAGGACAGUUCACAAUGAGCUGGAGAAAAACAGACGAGCUCAGCUGAGGCAGUGCUUGGAGCAGCUGAAGAAGCAGGUUCCUCACUCUACCGACUCCAUGAGGAACACCACCCUGAACCUGCUGAGACAAGCUCAGCUUCACAUAAAGAAGCUGCAGGAACAGGACGAGCGUGCCGAGCAGCUGAAGGACCGCCUUCGCUGGGAGCAGAGGGAGCUGCGGGUUCGGCUGGAGCAGCUCCAGAGGGGAACGGAGAGGAUGAGGAACAACAGCCAGGGGUCCACCAUGUCCUCUGAGAGGUCGGACUCAGACAGAGAAGACGUGGAGGUGGAUGUGGAAAGCAUCGUGUUUGACUGCGUGGACUCUGACGGGCUGAGUAUUGCACACAUGGACGCAGACCACAGUUACUCCAGCUUGGACAGGUCCUGGCUAUGACCACCAUGACACAGGGUUUAACCAGAGGGAGGGUAGGAAGAAAACAUUCCAAAAACAAGACAACAGAGGAUGAGGGAAGACGUGGAUACUGUACACAACCAAACACUUUUGUUUUUACAGGACAGCUUUCUUUUGGGGGGUGGGAGGGAUAUCUUCUUUCAAAAUAAGUUCAGGCUAAUAAUGUAUUCAAUUGCACUGGGAUGGAUGUUACAGCAUGAAUAAGCAUUCCUCUGAUAAAGCAAUUAUGUAUUUUUGUUCCCAAAAGCCAUGAGGUGUUAACCUUUCUGUCAUUUAGGAAUCCAGUUUUUAUCUAAAUAAGGGCUUUAAUACAAAUUUCCUUCAUGUCUGUGCUGAAUUCUGCCUUAAACCAGAUUUAAACUAACGUUCUACGCUGCUUCUCCUUAGCACCAAGUCUAUAUUGCAGCAAUGUCACAUUUAUCAUGCACUUAAAACAUUAUUUCUGUUUUGUUUUCCCUUUUUUUUGUCCUCCUACGUAAGUUCCCUUCAUGUAUUUAUAGCUCUUUUUCUUCUGUUGCACAUAACGUCCACCCGUUGCACUUGUUUUGUCAGAAGGACGUGGGGUAGGGCAAGAGAUGGGGGG